AGACAGACCAGAUGGCAUAGGUUGUACCAGAAGAAGAUGGAAAAAGCUGCUGGAUCAUGGAAGACAAUUGCAGCCUGCCUGCUCAAUGAGUUGCGCUCAGGCACAACUGAAAGAGCAGGACAGAGCAAAGAGUAACUGGAAAAAUGGAAAUGCUUGUUGCAGAUAAGACACAUAUGGGAGAGAGGAGCACUUUGGACCUGACAGAUUCCCAUACAGAGACAAUUAUUAAAAGAAGCACUCUUAGGAAAUAUAAGAUACUCUGUGUUGUUCUUUUCAUUUCUUUGGUCGCUGUAGCCCUUGGACUAGGUUUAGGACUUGGACUGAAGGAUUCUCAGCAACAAGGUUUGAUCGGUCCCCACUUAUUCUUUUUUCAAUGGAUGGCUUUAGGGCUGAAUAUUUGGACACCUGGGAUUUUUUAAUGCCCAAUAUUAAUAAGCUUAAAACUUGUGGGACUCAUGCCAAGUACAUGAGAGCUGUUUAUCCAACCAAAACCUUUGUAAACCACUACACUAUUGUUACAGGCUUGUAUCCAGAAACCCAUGGCAUCAUUGACAAUAAUAUAUAUGAUGUAAAUUUAAAUCAGACUUUCUCACUUUCUGGAAGUAACAUGAGAAAUCCUGCCUGGUGGGGUGGACAACCUAUUUGGCAUACAGCAACCUACCAAGGUUUGAAAGCAGCCACCUACUUUUGGCCUGGAUCUGAAGUAAAAAUAAAUGGAUCUUACCCAACCAUAUACAAAGUUUAUAACAAAUAUUGAGGAACCAGACACAACUGGACAUAAAUAUGGGCCUGUUGGUGUAGAAAUAAUUAAGACUUUACAAACGGCAGAUCGGAUCCUGGGAAUGCUGAUGGAAGGCCUAAAGCAAAGAAAUCUGCACAAUUGUGUCAAUCUGAUCCUUCUGGCUGAUCAUGGCAUGGAGGCAAUAUCCUGUAACCGACUGGAAUACAUGGCUGAUUAUUUUAAUCCAGUUAAUUUUUAUAUGUAUGAAGGUGCAGCACCUCGUAUUCGAUCAAAAAAUGUUCCAAAAGGCUUUUUUUCAUUUGCUUCUGACACAAUUGUUAAAAACCUUACUUGCCAAAAGCCAAAACAACACUUUAAAGCUUACUUGAGCAAAGACCUUCCAAAGAGACUACACUAUGCCAACAACAUUCGUAUCGACAAAGUUAAUCUUAUGAUUGAUCAACAGUGGCUGGCUGUGAGGUAUAAAACUUAUAAUCGUUGUAAUGGUGGUACCCAUGGCUACGACAAUGAAUUUAAAAGUAUGGAGGCUAUCUUUUUAGCAUAUGGGCCAGGCUUUAAGGAAAAAACGGAAGUGGAGUCUUUUGAAAACAUUGAAGUUUAUAACUUAAUGUGUGAUCUCCUGAAAGUUAAACCUGCUCCAAACAAUGGGACACAUGGAAGCUUGAAUCACCUCCUGAAAAAUCCUUUCUACAAUCCCUCCCCAGCAAAAGAACAGUCUUUUCCUCUUUCGUGCCCUUUUGGCCCCGUUCCCAGUCCAGAUGGUUCAGGAUGUCAAUGUAGCUCAAUACAAGAUUUGGCAACAGUGAAUCAAAGGUUGAAUCUCAAUGAUCAAGCAAAACAUAACUCUGAAGCUCAUAAUUUGCCUUAUGGAAGACCCCUGGUUCUACAAAACAGAAAUUACUGCCUCCUUCACCAGACUAAAUAUGUAAGCGCAUAUAGUCAAGACAUCUUGAUGCCACUAUGGAAUUCAUAUACUGUCAACAAAUCACUGGUUGAGCCAACUUCUGUUCCUCCCAGUGUUUCAGACUGUCUGCGGCUAGAUGUUCGAAUCCGUGCAGCUCAGAGCCAAGCUUGCUCCAACUACCAGGCAGACCUGACUUUCACCCCCGGCUUCCUCUAUCCUCCUGACUUCAGCUCACCUGGCCUUGAGAAGUAUGAUGCUCUAAUUACUAGCAACAUUGUUCCUAUGUACAAAGGAUUUACACGAUUGUGGAAUUACUUCCAUAGUACCCUACUUCCAAAAUAUGCUUCUGAGAGAAAUGGACUAAAUGUCAUCAGUGGGCCUAUUUUUGAUUAUAAUUAUGAUGGGCACUUUGAUUCUUAUGACACAAUCAAACAACAAUCUGUGGGUUGAAGAAAGAAUGCAGACUCAUACAGCACGUGUUCGUGAUGUGGAGCUCCUUACUGGUCUGAAUUUUUAUUCAGAGCUCAAACAGCCUCUCUCAGAAACUCUUCGACUGAAAAUAUUUCUGCCUAUAUUUAUAAAUUGACUGUACAUCUAGGGCUACUCCAGAGAAAUGGUUCUUAGCAUCAGUGCUAUUAAUAAUAAUAAAAAACCACAAGUAUUGUACAAGUA